AUGUUUGAAUCUGCAAGAAGUAUUAUUAGUUGGCUUGGUGAUUGUGCAAAGGUUAUAGCAGUGAAAAACAAUCCAGUACAAUGGACAACUCCUCUUGGACUUCCUGUUGUUCAACCAUACCGCAAAUUAGGAAGACAUCUUAUUAAGACAUCUCUUCAAGUUUUGACACUACAACGAGAAACGGAUAAGGUGAUGGUGAAAAGACAAAGAACAACCUUUCCUCCUAACUUUGUCCACUCUCUUGAUGGGUCCCACAUGAUGAUGACAGCCAUUGCUUGUAAAGAGGCUGGCUUAAGUUUUGCAGCCAUGAAAAACCCUAAUUCUACUCUCCUUAGAAGUAAAUGGAGUCCUAUUCCAAUACCCCAUAGAACUAUCCUUGAACCCCAAGGUCAAGAUCUUGAUUACAUCAACAUAGCUCACAGUCAUCUUCUUCACUCUGAUUGGGCUAAGCUAGAUAAAUUAUUAACCAAAUCUAAUUCAUUACGAGUGAAGCACAUUCUGUUAAAGCUUCAAAACGACUACGUCAUUUCCCUAAAAUUCUUCAAAUGGAUUGAGCUUCACAACCCUAGUUUACUCACCCUCGAAACAAAUUCCAUCAUCCUCCACAUCCUCACCAAGAAUCGUAAAUUUGUGUCAGCUGAAUCCAUUUUAAAGAAGAUCAUCGGUUCUUGUUCUUGUGAUGUAAACCUCCAUUCUAAGCUCUUCGAUGCUGUUCUUCACUCUUAUCGAAUGUGUGAUUCCACUCCUCGUGUUUUCGAUGCCCUUUUCAAAAUGUAUGCACAGAUGAAGCAGUUCAGGAAUGCAACAGAUACAUUUUGUCGUAUGAAGGAAUACAGAUUUCUUCCCACCAUUGAAUCAUGUAACAUGUAUAUGAGUUCACUGCUUAGUUUCAAUCGAGCAGACAUCGCGUUACCAUUUUACAACCAAAUGAGAAGAUCCAAGAUCACAAUCAAUGUGUUCACUCUCAACAUGGUGAUGAAUGCUUAUGUUCAAUUAGGGAAACUAGAGAAUGCAGUCCAAGUGUUCGAUGAAAUGCAAGGUAUGAGAAUGAACCCUUUUGUCUCCUCCAACAAUACAUUGAUCAAUGCAUACAUCAACGAAGGCCUUUUAACAACCACAAUCAAGUUGAAACUUACAAUGGAGAAGAAUGGCAGCCCAAAUGCCAUAACUUACAACACAAUAAUCCAUGGAUUCUGUUAA